AUGUACGUCUCCGAGUCAUCUGGAGCAGAGGAACGUGGACGAAUGGUGCUACUGGAGGGAUGGUUUGCAAUUGGCGGCGUUGUUUUCGCAGCAUGGUUGGGAUUCGGACUCUCCUAUGUUAGUGAUAGCUCGGUCAGCUGGCGUUUGCCCAUCGCCUCUCAAGGCCUCUUUGGUCUCAUUGUUGUGGGGUGUAUCAUGCUGCUACCCGAGUCUCCUCGGUGGCUCGCACGUGUCGGACGUCUCGAGGAGGCAUCUGAAGUUCUAGCUCGCAUGGAAAAUGUGGCUGUCGACUCUGAGCAUGUCUUACAGGAGCUGGAAAUUAUCCGACAGUCACUUGAAAUUGACGAGAACGCCGAACCAGCAGGUUCCUCGUCGCCAUUCGCGCUCACGAAGAACCGCCACCUGCACCGUACAGUUAUUGCUGUUGGUGUAAAUAUUCUAGCGCAGAUGACCGGCAUCAACAUCAUCACUUUUUAUUCUGAUAUUAUCUUCCAGUGCGAUCUGGGAUACUCAGGUACACUCUCGGGAAUUAUCACUGGGUGUCUGCAAAUCUGGCAAUUUUUGGCUACAGGCGUGGCCGUUCUACUCAUCGAUCGCGUCGGACGUCGUCCAUUGCUCAUUGCUGCGGCUGCCGGUAUGACCAUUGCCCAGGCCUGUUUGGCUGGGCUAUCGAGUGAUCUUAAAAACACAUCCAUGGCUGGCGCCUCACUCUUGUUCUACUUCGUAGCGCUUUUCUGCUUCCCCAUUGGACUUUUCCUUGUCCCAUUCAUGUACGCCGCAGAGAUCGCACCGCUAAAAACUCGUGCUCAAGUUACUGCUAUGGCAGCUGCAGCAAACUGGCUCUUCAACUUCGUAUUGGCAGAGGUGAGCCCAGUCGGGUUCGCUACUAUCCACUGGCGGUAUUACAUUGUCUACGCAUGUAUUAGCGCCUUUGCUUGUGUGUUCUUCUACUUGUUCUGUCCUGAGACUAAGGGCCGUACACUCGAGGAGAUCGAUGAUAUUUUUGUUCAGUCGAAGUCUGUCUUCGAUACUGUGCAAAUUGCACGAGAGACGCCCUACCAGACGGAGAUUCUGGCGCACGUCAGUGAUAUCGAGAAAGGUGGACUGAACGCCACACAGGUAGAAUGCCCCAGCCAUUCAUGUAGGACAUGGACUGAUAAUGAGAUAAAUAAUUAA